AUGCGUCAAACUUGGGCGACUGCCACCGUGGCCCUGUCCUGCGCCGUCCUCUGUAUCGCAUACCCUCAACCCAUCGAUACCCUCCAACAGCAACAACAUACUUUCACUCCUGCGUACCAUGGCCACCACAAUAUCCACAAUAACAAUGAUGAAACCAUCCACACAUAUGCACGAUUCGACGGCGAACAAGUCCUUCGUUUCGAUGUCUCCAACCUCGCCCAGCUCAAGCUACUCCAAGCUACCGUCGAGAAAGAGAACUUGGACCUGUGGUCAAACUUGAGGAUCGGCACCGUGGAUCUUCGAGUCCCCGCCUCCAAGAUGUCCUCCCACUCCAUCAAGGCUGUCACCGACACUAUCCCCUCCACCGUCAUGAUCCCCGACCUCCAGGACCUCAUCCCCUCGCAAUCUCCCGCUCUCACUCUUCAGCAAUCAUCCACACCCAACCAGAACUGGAACUUCACCGACGACUCGUUCUGGCUGCAGUACCAUGAUUUUGCGACACUUAACAAUUUCACCGAGACGAUGGUCCAACGAUACCCUGACCUUGUCAAGCGAGUCUCGAUCGGAAAGACCUUUGAAGGCCGGGAGAUCUUUGGAAUGUCUAUCCAUGGGUUCAAGAAGAAGGAUAAGAAGAAAAAGAAGUCCAAGAGCUGGUUCUUUGACGAUGAUGAGGAUUACGAAGGAGACGACGAUGAGGAGCAGGAUAUUGUCGACAUGGAUGGAUCAAAGAUGAUCCCAGUAAUGAGCGAGAAGGAUGGCGACAUUGUGUCGUCCUGGUGGUCGUGGCUCUUCAACCCCGCCCCCAGACGGUUCAUCCACAAGUCCAAGAAGCCCAGGAAGCCCAAGAAGCACCCCAAGGCCAUUAUCCUCCAUGCAGGCCAACAUGCCAGAGGUAACGCCGCCACCCGCAAAUGGAUUGGUCCAGCGGUGGUAUCAUACAUGGCAAAGGAACUCAUCCUAGGCUACCGCCAUAACAAGAAGAUUACCCGCCUCCUUGACCAAUUCGAGUUUGUCAUUGUCCCUGUCCUCAACGCUGACGGAUAUGUCUACACCUGGGAGCACAACCGCAUGUGGCGAAAGAACCGUCAAUCCACCUCCAUCCCAUUCUGCCCCGGCAUCGAUCCAAACAGGAACUGGGGAUACUUGUUCGGCGGAGACGGGAGCUCCGCAAACCCCUGCAACGAAGGUUACCAUGGCCCCGAAGCCUUCGCAGCCCUCGAAUCUAAAAUGAUGUCUGAUUUCAUCCUCCGUCGCAAAAACGUCGUCGCCUACGUCGACUUCCAUGCAUACUCUCAACUCUGGAUGUCGCCCUUUGGAGGCGAUUGCAAAAAGAUCCCCAAGGAUGAUGAAGAUCUGACGGAGGCUGGUAUGGGUGCUGCCAAGGCGCUGCAUGAUGUCCAUGGGAAGAAGUUUUCAGUGGGGACGUACGCGGUAGGAAAGGUCAAGUACUCGUACGGAGUCGAGCUGCGCGACACAGGACGGUAUGGGUUCAUGUUACCCGAGGACGAGAUCUUGCCAUCCUCUGAAGAGACCAUGGCAGGCGUCUUGUACCUCGCCAACUUUAUCCGUAAACGUGAGAAGCAGUGGAAGCUUUAA